CCACCCUUCCAACGCGACCAACGCGAACCAUGGCCGAACCACAGAGGAACGAGCCAAACAUCUCCGAAAGAAGAGGCAUUAGAUGGAUACCUGAUGAUCACCAACUCGAAGAGCCAACUUCCACACUGGUCCUGACUAGCUCGCGAGGGCAGUUUGUCGACGUUCGCAUCUUCUGCAAACCAGGAGAGGCAUUGCCUAAUGAAGGACCAUCACUAGAUCAUCCCUCUAACCCACCUCCACCAGCAGACGGCUCAUCAAGAUCUGUCUGCCACUCUACAUUCUCCCACUGGAUUGACAGUCGUACCGACACUCCUGGACCUGACCAGGGUGACAUGUACCCCCAACCUAGCAACACAACUCUUGAACUCGGCGCAAUGUACAACCCUUUGACAAAUUCAGAGCAACCCUAUGAAGAAGUGUGGGUCGACUACUCUGCCUCUGCCGUAGAAGGAACACGCUGGUGUGUCGUGAUCGAUCUCGACGACCCUGAGCACAAAGCCAAAGGCCGUGUUGUUCGCGUGGGUGAACAUUGUCAAGCCAUCCUGAAGGUCGGUGAGCAAAUGACUGUCGAGCGCUGGAAGUUCGAAGCGCCAGAAAAGGACACCAAAGGUGGUUGGGAACGCCUUGCUAGAUUGGGUGAUCUGUAUUUACCCGUCUCGUUGGCAUUUACCCCCGAGAGAGUGAUCGAGGGCAACACUCUGACCUAUGGAGAUUACAAAUGGAUGGUCAAGGAGGUGUACUCUUGG